GUACUUAUAACACGCUGUCCUCCUCCAAAUAGCAGGAGACAAAUUGUGGAAAGGAUCUUAAAGGAUACAAAAGAGCCGCAUUUUCAAAGGCAAGAAUUGACGCUUGUUUGUGCUAGUUUUCUGCCACAGCAACCGUUUCCAUCACUGGAGUCAGGGAAGAGACUCUGUUGGUGACGCAGCACCGGGAGCACACCUUUGGAUUGUUUUCCUCUAAGGUUUGGAAUCAUCUGCUGGAGAAAAUGGGAUGCUUUGGUUUCCUCAAGUUCAUGAUGUUUCUUUUCAACGGGAUCAUCUUUGUGGCGGGUGCAGCCAUCCUGGGCGUUGGCAUCUGGGUGAAGGUGGACAGCGGCUCCAUCCUGGGCUUCCUGGGGAUGAUUGAAAACGCACCUGCCGAGCUCAGUCAGGUGCUCAACGUGGGCUACCUGCUGAUCGCUGUGGGAACGGUGUUGGUCAUCAUCGGCUUCCUGGGCUGCUGCGGGGCUGCCAGAGAGAGCAAGUGCAUGCUGCUGCUGUUCUUCAUCAUAAUCCUGCUGGUCUUCAUAGCUGAGGUUGCGGGUGCUGUGGUGAUCUUGGUCUUCAGACCUUUGGCGGAAGACUUAUUUGACAAGUUCGGUGAAGCAUCAGUCCAGAGCAUCAAGAAGGACUACGGGAAAAAUGCGGACGUCACGGGACUGUGGGACACAACAAUGAGCACGUUCAAAUGCUGUGGAAUCUACAACUCCUCAAAUUUCGUAGGCUCGCCGUAUUAUGCGGCCAACAACAAUCAAUACCCGCCUCCGUGCUGCGCAGCCGCUAACAACCGGCCCUGUAAUCAAACACUGAUCGACAAUUUCACGACAAUCCCAGGUUGCUUUGUAAAGAUCAAACAGUUGAUUGAGGACAACACGGUGGCGAUUGUUGCCGUGGCGCUGGGGAUCGCCGCUCUUGAGAUAUGCGCCAUGACCGUUUCCAUGAUCCUGUACUGCAAGGUAGAUUCCAAGUCAGGUUAACUAACUGCAAAAGUGGACAUCGCCAAAGGAGUGCCACUCCUCAUAGUGCCUGUGACGGGUUUUGUUAUGUAGAAAUGUGUCAAUGAAUUACAGUUUAAACACAAUAAUGACAAAUUAAUUAAUAACACUGCAGCUCCUGACAGAGUAUAUUUAAUGUUUCAGAAAGUGAUAUUUUAUUGAGUAAUUGCAUAAGUUUAUUGUAAUAAUCGUAUAGAACAGUUCAUACAGGAGAUAAUUAAUGUGUUGCACUGAUGCAAUAAAGCAAUGUAGUUGAGAAUGAAUCUGUAUAUUUGUUGUAUGCAACAGGAUCAAUUGUAAAAUAAAAUGUAAAUAUUCUUUCA